AUGGGAACUGAGUUCUCUGAAUUUGAGGCUGGUUUGGGCUGCAAGUCUGUAAGGAAUAUGCAAGAGCAAGAACUUCCUUUAAGAGGCAACCAUGAUAGCGGCGCGCUGUCAUUAACUCGGCCUGAACAGAAGGAUGGAAAAUUUAGAGCCCUAUUACGCUUCAGAUUGGAUGCUGGCGAUGAAAAUUUGAGAGCUCAAAUCGCGAAUAGUGCUAAGAAUGCCAAAUAUUUAAGUCCAGAUAUUCAAAAUGAGAUUCUCGAGACUGGCGCUAAUAUUGUGACAAACAAAAUAAUUAAUAAAUUGAAGGCACAGGCUGUGCCCACCCUAAACCUUGGAUACGACGAACCCCCUAAGCAUUUGUGGACGACUCAAUUGCCGGUUCGAAGAUGCUGCAUUUCGAAUUGCGUUAACAGGCAGAAAACGCUCUACAAAUUUCCUAAAGAGAAAGAUGUUCGAGAAAGUUGGGCAGAGGCUUGCAGCUUAGUUGUGUCGCCUUCCGAUAGUCUUUUUAUUUGUCGUAACCAUUUCGAUUCGCAGUACGUUACCAAAUUCAAACUAUUGCCUGGGGCUUUUCCCUGUUUCAGAUUAGGUUCAGCACUAAGUCGUAGCUCAUCUAGUGCUGACUCAAUUUGGGUGUGCCCGCCCGUUUCUAAAACUUAUGGUUGUCCUGAGGUAGCUGUAGGAAGUAAAGAAGAGAAGGACGACAUAACUUUGAGGGAAUUCGAGACAUAUUCAAUUUUAGAACAAAGAAGAUUAGAAUUAGAACCCCAAAAUGACGACGUAGGCUAUGCAUUAGAUAGUCGUGAACGAUUUGCUCGAUCGGCACGUUACUAUCAAAGUAAUGCGCUUAAAUUGAAUAAGAAGAUCAAAGAGUUGGAGGAUAUUAUUAAAGAUUUGGAAAAAAGGUAUCAAGACCUUAGUAAAUGUGCAAUAGUUGCGGAUGUAAAUUCAAGCAAAGAUGCUGUAACAUUCGCUAGGAUGAUCGUCGCGAAGCGCACUAUUUUCAGUGACGAUGAAAGGGCAUUGGCACAAAACAUUAAUUACAUGUCCAAUAAAUCAUAUUAUUUUAUGCGUGACGAUUUAGGUUUCGCUUUACCAAGCAAGAGCUCUCUAUUGCGAUGGCGCCCCAUAAAGUAUGUUGUCCCUGGGUUCGAUGCCAAUGUCUUGGGAAAUUUAGAAAAAAUUACAAAAAAAAUGUCCGUUUUAGAACGAAAUUGCGUUCUACUAUUUGAUGAAAUAUCAAUUAAGACCGACCUAACAUACAAUAGAGUUAGGGAUGUUAUUGACGGGUUUGUGGAUUAUGGGGAAGGCCAUCGUGAAAUGAAAUUAGGUAGUAAGUGUUGUUUUUUCAUGAUAAAAGGGUUGAGUUCCAAUUGGAAAUAUGUGUUUUCAUAUUAUAUUUCCAAAAGUGGACUUCCUACAUUCAAAUUACUUGAAAUUUUGAAUAAGAACAUCACAGCACUAAAGUCGAUUGGUCUAAACGUAAAAGCUUUAGUCUGUGAUCAAGGGCCCGCUAAUAUUUCAGUUAUGAAUAAUUUAAAUAUUUCUGAAGAAAAACCCUUUUAUUUGCACGAAGGUUCCAAGAUAUUUCGCAGUGAUGGGUCAAUGUCCAUUGGUUCUGGACGUGGCUGUGGCUUAUGCAAAGGACGUGGUGGUGGAUUGUAA